AUGAAUCAUGUGUUUAAACCUUAUCUGGAUUGUUUCAUCAUUGUUUUCAUUGACGAUAUUUUGGUGUAUUCAAAGAGUCGUGAUGAUCAUGCAAAUCAUCUGAGAAUAACCCUGACAACACUUGAGCAGAACGAGCUUUAUGAAAAAUUUUCUAAGUGUGAAUACUGGCUUAAUUCUGUGGCUUUCUUAAGGCAUGUGGUGUCUGGAGGUGGUAUUAAAGUUGACCCUCAGACAAUUUCAGCAGUGAAGGAUUGGCCUAGACCUAUGAGUGUGACUGAUAUCCAUAUUUUCUUGGGUUUGGCUAAUUAUUACAGAAAGUUUGUGGAAGGAUUUUCAUCAAUAGCCUCGCCAUUGACUAAGUUGAUGCAAAAGGCUGCUAAGUUUCAGUGGUCUGAAGCUUGUGAAAAGAGUUUCUAG